CUUUUGGGAAACUGCGCGCCAAUUUGAAUUCUCCCGCUCACUGUCGAUGCUCUUGACCGGCCGCCUAUCCCUUCUCCGUCUGCAGCUGGCCGCUCUCCCCAUCUGCCAGAGCCUCGCAUCUGCCCAUCUCGCAUCGAUCUUCCGCCACUUUCACACAUCAUCGUCAACAGCUGAGUCGGUCACCAUGGGCAUGCGCUGCGAGUGGACGCGCAUAGGGGAGGGUGAGGGCAAGCCCAGCAGCCGCAGCUCCCACUCCGUCAACAUCAACAACAACAACGUCUAUCUGUUCGGCGGCGAGUCCGCCCCAAGAACACCCAUAGACAGCAAGAUCCACGUGUAUGACCUCAAGAGCGACACCUGGACGACUCCCGUGACCCUCAACGAACCCCCAUCCGCGCGUCUCGCGCACGGGGCGGCAUUCGCGAACGGCAAGCUGUACGUGUUCGGAGGGCAGACGUCAGUGGCGGCGAGCGUGGACAUCGAAGACAAGGACAAGCGCGAGGAGGCCACACUCAACGACCUGUUCGUCUUCGACCCGGAGACCAGCACCUGGACUGAGGUGGGCAUGGGCAACAGCAACAGACGGCACACCGUCCACACAGACACACACAUAUUGCCAUGGUUCUUUCUCCCUGUCUGUGUGCUGGUGUGUAGCUGACCAGCCAGACGCACGGCCCAACCCCCGAGCGCCGCAGCUACCACACCAUGACAAGCUACAGCAACAAGAUCUACCUAUUUGGCGGAGUCGGAGUCAACGGACGGCUGAAUGAUCUGCACGAGUUCGACCCCGCGACCCUCACGUGGCGACAGCUGGCGUCACCUGACAGCGACAAGUGCCCUGGUGGGCGAGGCAAAGAAUGGGUGGGGUGAGAGUGAUGUGCUUGCAUGUGUGUGUGUGUGUAUGUGUGUGUGCGCGUAUGACAGGGAGAGGCGGCUCGGCGGUUGUGGCCUACAAGGGGAAGCUGUACGUCGUCAACGGCUUCGCAGGUAGGUGCCUGAGACUGAGCAGGAAGGCGGCACGGCACAGGUCAUCCACUUGCAUCUGCAACCCUUCUCUUCUUUUUCCAUCAGGCCACGAGAGGAAUGAUGUGCAUGAGUACGACAUCGGCAGCAACACGUGGCGGCAGACCGAGUGGACGGGCGACAACCCACCCAGAAGCGUCUCGGCUGUCGUCGUCGCUGGCGGCGGUAUCAUCACCAUGGGCGGCGAGGCCGACCCAUCAAAACUGGGACACGCAGGUACAGAUCACACCACAAGCAAGACACCUCCUCAGCACACAUACGCAGACAGACGGCUCAUGCAUCUCCCUCCUCUGUGCAGGUGCGGGCAAGUUCACCGAUGCCGUGUUCCAUUUUUCUCCGCGUACGAACCACUGGACCCGCCUGCUGUGCGAGGGGGUCGGCAAUGGCAAGAUGCCGAUGCCCCGUGGCUGGCACACGGGGGCAGCACUCAGCGACGGCUCGGGGCUGGUGAUUUUUGGUGGCGUCGAUACCGACAACGCCCGCCUGGAUGAUUUUUGGAAACUGACUCUGGUGAUAUCUGCGUCAGAGCCAGUGGAGUCGGGCGGGCAGGUCAGACGCAAUUACGACUGAGUGGCAGGCAGACAAGAGGCAGGUCCGUGGGCUAUGUGGGCUGCUAUGCUAAGCGGUCGGGUGGUUUGAAGGAUGGGUGGAUGCAUGUGUGUGCGCUGUUCCGUGCCUUCAGAAGUUGCUGUGCUGGUGCAGCGCAGCGGUGCAUGUUUUUCGGUUGCGGGUCGUCUUUAUCGACUCUGCUCACGUACCUCUGCUGUACGUCUGUCUGUCUGUCUGGAUGGGCCAUGGGCGUCUUCUAUCGCACCACGGCGGUGCUUCGUGAUUUGUGUGUCGUUUUGGUCUGCGUCUGCCAUCGAGUCGGAUGCCUCACGGGCGGUUGACGGCUGAUGAACCAGCUGUCGUCCAGAUGACUUUUUGGCCAUCCGACCCAUGGCUGAUGGACGCAGACCAAAGACACACUAUGUGUAUCACACACACAAGGAUGAUCCUGUCUUCUGUCGGCUGCUGAUUGGUGGUUGGAGUAUGAUGCGGUUGUGCAUCCGCAGGGCGUGUGUAUGUUCCAACUACUCGGAUGGGCUAUUCGCUGAUGAGCCACGGGCAGGAAGCCGACACUUCACUGCUCGUAUCUCUUGAGGGUCUGGCGCAUCAGGAUGGUUGGAACAGCACCAUAUCAAUGAGAGACGUUGAGACUCGCCAGCCGAGAUGAUCCGUCAAUCCAUCAGCAGCACCGAA